AUGGGCUCAGACGAUAAGCAGAAGCUGGCUGAGGCCGAGUCCGUCAAACAGUUUGCCUUCUUCGGUUAGUUACUCCUUCCUUUGCCAUUUGCAAUUGUCAUUUCAAGGCGUCGCCGUCUCGACGGUCGCCACCUUGACGGCCAUCGUCGCCGUGCCGAUGCUCUGCAUGUACAUGCAGAACGUUCAGUCCGGCCUCCAGGACGAGAUCAACUUCUGCCGCACUCGCGCCGACUCCCUCCGCGGCGAGUACAAAAAGAUUGAGCUUGCCCAAGCCGAAGAGAAGUCUCGUGAAAAGCGUCAGACCUACCAAUGCUGCUCUUGCGGCAUCGGACCAGCUGGACCAGUCGGUAACCCCGGCCAGGACGGAGCUCCAGGAAACGACGGACGACCUGGUCAGCCAGGAUCUCCAGGCCCAGAUGCGCCAAACGAGCACGUUCUUCCAAGCGCCGAGGACUUCUGCUUCGAAUGCCCACCAGGACCAGCUGGACAGCCAGGGAACCCAGGACCGAAAGGACCACCCGGACAGCCUGGAAACAACGGCGAACAGGGACCAUCUGGUCGACCAGGAGCCGCCGGAGCUCCAGGACCCCAAGGACCACCAGGAGAAGCUGGGCAAGACGGAGUCCCUGGCCGACCGGGACCACCAGGACAGGUUCGCACCGUUCCAGCACCACCCGGCCCACCAGGAGAGGCUGGAGAGCAAGGACCACAAGGACCACCCGGAGAAGACGGCAGACCUGGCCAGCCAGGACAGCAAGGACCACCCGGACAGCCAGGAGACGCCGGACAGGAUGGAGCUCCAGGAAACCCAGGAGCGCCAGGAGAGGAAGGACAUCCAGGACUCGACGGGCCAAAGGGUAAGCCAUUCUUUUCUCGAAAUCUGAUGAUCAUCAUCGCCUUUUUCAGGAGGCUGCGACCACUGCCCAAUCCCAAGAACCGCUCCAGGCUACUAG